AUGGAUCGCCCGGUGACGUCCAAACCACGAGGAAUCUGUCGGUACUACAAAACCCCCGGGGGCUGCUACGCUGGUGACGAUUGCAAGUUCCUCCACGGUGCUGAGGAAAACCUUACCCCGUACGACAAAUCCAAGGUGUGCAGAUACUAUAUUCAAGGCAAGCAAGGACACUGCACCCGAGGUACUCGGUGUUGGUUUCGCCAUGAGCUUGUGAAAAUCCCCCUUGAUGAGGAGCUAAAGCACUUCGAUGAAAAUAUGUGUAAUAUAUGCAUGGAGAAACCUCAGACAUACGGUCUUUUAACUGGCUGCGGCCACGUAUUUUGUCUUCAGCAGUGUAUUCGCCAGUGGCGAGAGCCACAAGGAAAGUCAUCGGACAUGGUUAUGUCAGGAGUAAUAAAACGCUGUCCUUACUGCCGCAGUGCAUCGCGUUUUAUUACACCAUCCACCCAUUUUUUUCCUCAGGAUCACCCACGCAAGCAGGAAGUGAUAGAUAGUUACAAGAAUAGCAUGGCUCGUGUUCCAUGCAAAUACUUCGUCGAAACAUCAGCUUCUGGCAAGCCCUGUUGCCCAUUCGGUCUCGAUUGUUUCUACCAGCAUCUCAACCCUGAUGGUACACCACACAAGUUCCUAUACGGAGCAAAUCACUUUAUGAAAGUAUUUAGGAGACAACAACGGCAGCGUGGCCACACGUUUGCCGGGUCUGCUUCAGAUGCCGAUCUCGCAGAUCGCCUUAGGCUUCUGCAAAGCAUCCUCGGAGACCCAACGAAUAAUCUCCAUGUCACCCUCAGCUUCGUCCGACAACAUCUCCCAGCGUUAUUGAAUGGCAUGGAUGCGGAGUCUGGUGCAGCCACAGAUACUCUUAUGGAUGAUGACGACGACCAUCAGUCCUUCGAAUUACUGGUGAGCCUUUUUUAGAUCACUUCGUUGCAUGACAUGUGUAUGUUUAGUAGCUCUGACUCUACAAUAGGCGGAGAGUAUAGCUACAGAGCGGUCACUAGAAACUACGCACUUUGUGGCUCCUGUUACCCACGUAUCCCUCGUUGUCGAGGAAAGUCCGGAUCCACCUGUCGAGAGUCCCGUAACAGUACCCACCGCUUCAAUACCACCUAGGGCUAGGAGUGCAUCUCCAGUCAUGGGACCCUCAACGACACCUCCGGUGCCUUUUAGGCCAUCAUCCUCUGCGGAGGUUUCUGGACCACUUCCUCACAGCUUCCUUCCCUGGGCAAUGCCCCGCACACCGUCCCCUCGCCCCUCAU